AUGUUGAAAUUAUUAAAAUUGCAACCAAGAUCUAUUGUUCGAACAAUUGCAACUCUCCAAAAUAAUUUACCAGUUCAACAAAACUUAACAAAAUAUUUUCAAGAUAAAAUACGUAUAAAUGGCCCAAUUACACUAGCAGAAUAUAUGCGAGAAUCAUUAAAAACUUACUAUAAUAGUGGAAAUGUCUUUGGUUCAGAUGGGGAUUUUAUAACAUCUCCUGAAAUUAGUCAACUUUACGGAGAAAUGGUCAUGCUAUGGUUGUUAAGCUUGUGGGAAAAAGCAGGGUGUCCAUCUCAUGUGAAUUUAAUAGAACUUGGACCUGGAACCGGAGUUAUGAUGACAGAUAUGUUAAGAUUAUUAAAACAAACUCAAUACAGCUCACUUGACCUUACCAUACAUAUGGUAGAAACAAGUAAAAAAUGUAGCCUAGAACAAGCUGAUAAACUAGGAUGUUCAGAUUUACAGACAGAUUCAGGCAAAUGUUAUUAUCAACACGGUAUAACAUGUGAAAAAUAUGGAAUGAAAGAGAUAUUCUGGUAUGAAUCAAUAGAUGAUAUCCCUAGAAAUACAUUUAGUUUGAUAGUUGCUCAAGAAUUUUUUGAUGCUUUACCUGUACAUAAAUUCAGGAAAAUUAAUGAAAAAUGGCGUGAAAUAGUAAUAGAUAUUGAAAAUGAUAUAAGUGGAACAUUUCGUUAUGUCUUAAGUAAAACAUCUACAACUACAUCAAACUUAAUAUCCACAAUAGAAUAUUAUAAAUGUUUAAAUCUUAAAAAUAUUACUGAAAUUGAAGUUGGUCUGGACGCAGCUAUUGUGAUGCAGAAGCUAAGUGAGAGAAUAAUACUGGAUGGUGGAAUAUUUCUAUGUAUUGAUUAUGGUCAAGAUAAGCCAAUAAUUGAUACCUUUAGGGCUUUUAGCGGACACCAACAAGUUAAUCCAUUACAUAAUCCUGGAAAAGUAGACUUGACAGCAGAUGUUGAUUUUAGUAGAUUAAAAAAUGUUGCUGGAACCGAUGUCUUGGCUUUUGGACCAAUUGGCCAAAAUAUAUUUUUAGAGAAUAUGAUGAUUAAUUUGAGAUACCAAAAUUUACUGACUUUAACAAAAAAUGAAAAAGAAGCAACAUCACUUACAUUUGGCUAUAAUAAAUUAAUGGAAAUGGGUAAAAAAUUUAAAAUAAUGGGAAUGGUACCAGCAACAAUGGCACCAUUAUUAAAUGAUUUUCCAGUUAGUGGAUUUGGAUUAUAUAAUUCAACAAAAAAAACAGAAUACUAUUGA